CGAAUUAGCGCACUUUGUUUUUUUUUUUCUCCUGUUCUUUGCUCUUUCUGUGUGGGGGAUUUUUAUUCUUGUUUUUGGAGAGGAAAAGAGGAAACCACCAGUGGGAGUCAAUUUUGGACAGUGACUGGCUUUGGACGGAGGGGUGCUGGGAGAGCGAGAGAGAGAGAGAGAGAGGAGAAGGGGCCUUUACAGACUUGAUCCCCCCCCAUGUGAAACUCUGCAGGAUCGCCUCCUCCUCAGUCCAGAGGAAUAUCUCCAGGUUCCAGGCACCAGGCCACUGCUGCUGCUGCUGCUGGUCAUCCGAGGAGGGGGGUGGGUGGGGGGUGUGGAGGUUUUCAUCGCGCACAUCCGAGGGAAUCGUGGCGGCACCGCAGAUCCGCGCAACUCUUUCCUGAAUGUUUGGCAUUUUUUCGCAGGCGAGCGCCUCGACUUGUGGCGGAGGGAGACGCGGACUGCAGCAGCCUCCAGGUCCCUUUGCACAUGGAGAUUUGUGCCUCGGUCACGGCGCAGCGGAUCUUGGACACGGGGACCGGGGCCCUGCUGCUGAUUUUUCCCGCACUGCUCUCAACCUCGAUUUCAUUUAUUCGAGAAAAUGCAGAACACAAACAGCCGAUGAACUAUGAAUGCUGAACACGAUGAUCUCCUCCCUCCAGCGCCAGACAAUGAGAGGUCGUAGGCUGAAGGGGGCGCUGUCCAACCCCCUCUUUGUGCUGCUGCUGGCCCUUCAGAUCCUGGUGGUGGCCGGGCUGGUUCGUGCUCAGACCUGCCCGUCCGUCUGCUCAUGCAGUAACCAGUUCAGCAAAGUCAUAUGCACCCGCCGGGGUCUGCGGGACGUCCCCGAUGGCAUUUCCACCAACACUCGCUACCUGAACCUCCAGGACAACCUCAUCCAGGUCAUCAAGGUGGACAGUUUUAAACAUCUGCGCCAUCUGGAGAUCCUGCAGCUGAGCAAGAACCACAUUCGCAACAUUGAAAUUGGUGCCUUCAAUGGGUUGGCCAGUCUCAACACUUUGGAGCUCUUUGACAAUCGGCUCACGACAAUCCCCAAUGGAGCAUUCGAGUACUUGUCCAAGCUGAAGGAGCUGUGGCUCCGGAACAACCCCAUUGAAAGUAUACCGUCAUAUGCCUUCAAUCGAGUCCCCUCGCUUCGAAGGCUAGAUCUAGGUGAGCUCAAGCGUCUCUCCUACAUUUCCGACGGAGCUUUCAAGGACUUAAGCAACCUGCGCUACCUGAACCUGGGAAUGUGCAACCUCAAGGAGAUUCCCAACAUUAUACCGUUGGUCAGGCUCGAAGAACUCGAAAUGUCAGGAAACCAGCUCGCUGUCGUCAAGCCCAGCGCGUUCACGGGAUUGGUGAACCUCCAGAAGCUGUGGAUGAUGCACGCCCAGAUCCAAACCAUCGAGAGGAACUCAUUCGAUGACCUGCAGUCGAUGGUGGAGCUCAACCUGGCUCACAACAACCUCACCUUUCUACCACAUGACCUCUUCACGCCUUUGCAUCGCCUGGAGCGGGUCCACCUCCAUCACAACCCCUGGAACUGCAACUGUGAUAUCUUGUGGCUCAGCUGGUGGCUGAAGGAAACCGUACCUGCCAACACCAGCUGCUGUGCACGUUGCCAUGCUCCUUCAGCGUUUAAGGGUCGCUACAUCGGGGAACUGGACCACAGCUACUUCCAGUGCGAUGUCCCCGUCAUCGUGGAGCCGCCCAGUGACUUGAAUGUGACCGAGGGAAUGGCUGCGGAGCUUAAAUGUCGUACGAGCUCGUUGACGUCCAUCAGCUGGCUCACACCGAACGGCUCGUUGGUGACACACGGGGCUUACAAGGUGCGUCUGUCUGUGCUCAAUGACGGGACGCUGAACUUCACUAGCGUCUCCAUGCAGGACACUGGGACCUACACCUGCAUGGUCAGUAACACAGCAGGCAACAUUUCCGCCUCUGCUGUCCUCAAUGUUACGUCUGUGGAAAACAGUGGUGUGACCUAUUUCACCACAGUCACUGUGGAGACCAUUGAGACAGCUGGGGACGAUAGCCAAACGCCGCUCCCCCCGUUCGGCUGGACGUCGUCCUCCACCACAAAAGGGACUCCCGUGUCCACGAGGAACACAGAGCGGACUUACACCAUUCCAGUUCUGGAUCUGGAUGGAGAGGGAGCCCUCAACGGCCUGGACGAGGUGAUGAAGACCACCAAGAUCAUCAUCGGCUGCUUCGUGGCCAUCACGCUCAUGGCCGCCGUCCUCCUGGUCAUUUUCUACAAGAUGAGGAAGCAGCAUAACCAGCAGGAUCCCGAUGGCCCGGCCUCCUCCAUGGAGGUCAUCACUGUUGAAGAAGAGCUUGCAGGUGUUGCAGCCAUGGAGAGACACCUAUCGCUGCCCCCUCUGGAGCACUACAACCACUACAACACCUACAAGAGCACUUACCACCACCCGUCCAUGCUCAGCACCAUACACAGCUCUGCCACACAGGAACCUUUACUGAUUCAAGCCUGCUCGAAAGACAAUGUACAGGAGACCCAAAUCUGAUUGUGUGUUUGAACAGAUAUCCAGUGUCGGCAGUUUCAUACAAGUACAAUGGACCAAAACACGACGACAAAAGAAAAUCAAAGUGACGUUGACUUGACAGGGUCGAUGUCGAUAACAAGGAUAAAUCAGCGUUUGGCAAAGGGACAACACGCGAUACUUUAACAAGUGUCUUUACAAGAACAAAGAUUAUUUAUUAAAAAUAUGUCUAGUGACUAAAUGAAGAAAAAACAAUUUGUGAUAGCUUUUUAGCUCAUUUUAUUUCUCUCUCUCUCUCUCUCUCUCUCUCUCUCUCUCUCUUUCUAUGUGUGUAAUACUGCACAAGGGAAAGAAUGGUUCACUGAAGGCGAAUAUGGAAUUCAUCGUCCACAUCUCGUGUGAUACCCAAUGCAGAAAUUGGUCUUAUUCUACAAUUAACACAAUGCUAUAAAUGUAAUAGUUUGAUUUGAGUAAUAAUUAUUUUGUAGAAAUGCAUUGUUCUAGUCGAGAGAAGCUGUUGGACGAAUCUUGUCCAGUUUAGCAGAGGUUUAUGAGACAAAACAUAAAAUGGGUUUUAUUUCCGUAGCCAUUAUUCUCUAGCUGUCAUUCAACACAAAAUGGGAUCUUUUAAUGACACAGCUCCGGAUGAUAUCACAGUGAAGCCAGCAUGCCUGAGGAGCGGCGCAGCCAAAUGAGUAAAUGUGCAUUUCCCCCGUGGCUCCUAAACAACAGCCAUAGAUCCUUCACUCUAAUUAAGAUUAAGUUUUCUGCUCCCACUCCUCCUCCUACAUUUUCUGCAUGCUUCUACAGUCACUCUGUCUUUCUCUCCACUCCUCUAUUCCAACUCCGAAAUCCUCCAUCUUCCCCGUCUGCCCUCGUUCUGCUUCCUCCUCACUCUCUCUUCCUCCGUGUCCCCAUUCUUCUUUGAUUGUCUCUCUGUCACUUCGCUCCGGCAGGUUCCUCACCCCUUCGCCAUGUCUCAUUUGUCUCGCUUUAUCCGUCGGCGUGUGCCGCACGACGGCAGAAUAUUGCUUGGGGAAAAUGAAGGGGAGCAUAAGGCUGCAGUCGGCGGCCUCCCUGUUAACCCAGCAAUGAUCUACGUCCACUCAGCGUCGUGUUACCUUGCCAUCACCCCAGGGUCACACAAGCUUGGGCGCUGAUAGUCCAUCUGUUAGUACAGAUAAAGAGGCAAAUGAGGCUGCUUUGUAAUGUAGUGUGACCCUGUCAGACUAACACAGACGGGGCUAGCAUCGGCAGUGGAGCAGCUAGAACCCCUGCUCGAAAUAAGGGGAGCCGGGUUAUAGCUCAUUAAUCUGUAUCAGCAGUUCAUUUGCAGACUAACAGACGAAAGCUGAUAACAAAACAGCAUGAGACUUUUCCACUCUCCCUGUGCCUCACAUCUGACGGGGGGGGGGGGGGGGGCUUUGAUAUUGAAGCGACCCCUGUUCUGUCUCAUUUUUGACCCGAGAAAAACACACAUGCUUUGAUGCUGCAUCAUUUAUAGACCAUCAAAACACCGUCUCUCCUGUCGUCUGCCUUUUUCUUUUUCUCAUUUAGUCUUUC